UGCAAGCCAGACACUACGCAGAGAAGCAACUGAUUGUGUGGGUGACAAUCCAGACCGGUUCAUGCCACAAUCAAAAGAGACACGAUCAAAGAGACCCGAGACUUGUCAUUUUAACGAAACCAACUUCUCCAAUGGCUUGUGGCGCCUUCCUUUCCGGUCUGUUUUUCAUUGUGUUUUCCAGCCUGUCUUCGGCAAGUAACGGAGGUGUUAAAGCCAAGGAUCCAUGGCUCUCGCAACCUCAGAGGUCUGUUUCGGUCAUAAUAGGGGAAGUUCUCCACCUGGAGUGCAAAGUGCCUGACGACCCCACACCUGGUGGUGUGAAAUGGUACUUGGGAGAAGGACCUCAGCGGAAGCUCAUCUAUGCAGAUGUCGAGAUUGAUGGAAAAGAUGAAAGAGUAACAAGGAAUUCUCCAGGUUCUAGCACGGAUUUCACCAUCUCCAUCCGCAAUGUUACUCUGGAAGACGCAGGGACUUAUUACUGUGUGAAGGAGAAGAAAGGGUCGGGAGAAACUACGCUUAAAGGACCAGUGAUUCAGGUGAUUGUAGAAGCUUCUAGAAGGAAUAAUUCAAUCAUUCCCAUUGUUGCUGGAGUGUCUGGCUUUAUCCUGGUUUGUUUGUUCUGCGUGGCGCUUUAUCUCUGCCUAAAGAUGAAAAAAGGUCUAAGGAACAGCCAUACAAGGUCUGACUUUCCAGAAAAACAACAACCUUCUAAGCCGACUUCUGGGGAUAAAGAGAUUGUCUACGCUGACCUUAAAGACCCAAGCAAAUUACAGAUCCCUCGGAAAAUCGAUUCAGAAGAGCGCUCGGAAUAUGCUACCAUUAAGGGAGCACCAAGUGGGGCCACCGACAUAGGAGCUUUUUGCAGCCUGAAUCUGUGACAGAAAAUGGAGAGGAGAUUGUGGGUUGCUCCGCACCGCGUCGCAAAAAAUCGUUUCACGCUUUGCAUAGCUCGGCCAAACGGAACUUCGGAACUUCACCUGAUUCUAAAGGCAAAUGUUUGCCAGUUGUAAAAAAAAAAAAGGCACAUCAAAAAAAAACGAUUGUAUAAAAUUAUAAUAUAAUAAAAUACAGGUAAAAUAUAAAAUACAACGCACCAAAACGUAAGGAAGAACGGUUGCAGGAAUCGGGCAUGUCUGGUUUAACGAAAAGGAGGACAAGGAAGGGACAUGAUAGCGGUCUUCCAAUAUUUGAGGGGCUGUCCCAAAGAAGAGGAGGGGUCAACCUAUUCUCCAAAGCGCCUGAAGGCAAGAGAAGAAGCAGCGGAUGGAAAAUCAUCUAUUGCAAUGUCCUUCCUGUGAAAGACUACUUCAGCUUCAAUCGCAACAUUACAAGAGCAAAGAAUAGAUUCAAGCUAAAUGUCAACCGCUUCAAACUUGAUUGCAGAAAAUAUGACUUCUGUAAGAGAGUUGUUAAUGCUUGGAACUCAUUACCAGACUCCAUAGUCUCUACUCAAAAUCCCAAAAUCUUCAACCAAAAACUGUCUACUAUUGACCUCACCCCAUUCCUAAGAGGACUAUAAGGGGCGUGCAUAAGAGCACAAAAGUGCCUACCGUUCCUGUCCUACUGUUCUCUUCAUUAUAUCAAAUUAAUAUAGUUGAUGCAUAUUUUUUUUACAUAUAUAUAUAUAUAUAUUUUCUUCAAGAUAUGUUGUUUUAUCUAUGACAAUUGUUUAUGUAUACUGUUGUGACAAAAAGAAAUAAAAAAAGAAGAAGCAGCAACCUGGAAUUCAGGAGAAAUUUCCUGACUGUUAGAAUAACUAGUCAGUGGAACAAAUUAGAUAUGAGCCAUCCGUGUGCAGCAGCUGCUAAAAAAGCCAACACAGUUCUGGGCUGCAUAAACAGAGGGAUAGAAUCAAGAUCACGUGAAGUGUUAAUACCACUUUAUAAUGCCUUGGUAAGGCCACACUUGGAAUAUUGCAUCCAGUUUUGGUCGCCACGAUGUAAAAAAGAUGUUGAGACUCUAGAAAGAGUGCAGAGAAGAGCAACAAAGAUGA